UCCCGCUAUCGAUACGCCGAAUUCUGCAUUGGUGACGAUAUCGAUACUGAUGAGUACUAUCGACUUCGAUAGUAUCCUCUCUUUCGAAACUUUGGCUGACACGCGUGUGUUUGUCUGUUUUACAACAAUUUCAGCCUAGUUCGCAGCAUGUCGCGCAGAAAAGACAACGAGGAGGUCGACAAGCAGACGCGUAUUGCCAUUGUCAGCGAUGACAAGUGCAAGCCGAAACGCUGUCGGCAGGAGUGCAAGAAGACCUGUCCGGUGGUGCGCAUGGGCAAGCUCUGCAUCGAGGUGGCACCCACGUCGAAGAUUGCUUCUUUGUCCGAGGAGCUGUGCAUCGGUUGCGGUAUCUGUGUGAAGAAAUGUCCCUUUGAGGCCAUCACAAUCAUCAACCUGCCCAGUAACCUGGAGAAGCAUACGACGCAUCGGUAUAGCAAAAACUCGUUCAAGCUCCAUCGCCUGCCCAUACCGCGACCCGGCGAAGUGCUCGGUUUGGUGGGCCAGAACGGUAUUGGGAAGUCAACGGCUCUAAAAAUUCUGGCGGGCAAGCAGAAGCCCAAUUUGGGCAAAUAUCUCAACCCACCCGACUGGACGGACAUCCUAAGCUACUUCCGUGGCUCCGAGCUGCAGAACUACUUCACCAAGAUUUUGGAAGACAAUCUGAAGGCCCUGGUGAAGCCGCAAUACGUCGAUCAGAUCCCCAAGGCAGUGCGUGGUACUGUUGGCGACUUGCUGGAUAAAAAGGAUGAGCGCGAACUGCAGACAUCGAUAUGCAAUAUGUUGGACUUGUCACACAUUCGGGACCGUGAGAUCUCCCAGCUCUCUGGUGGAGAACUGCAGCGCUUUGCCAUUGCCAUGGUAUGCAUACAGAAUGCGGAUAUUUUCAUGUUCGACGAGCCGUCCUCGUAUCUGGAUGUAAAGCAGCGUCUGAAUGCUGCCUUGACCAUCCGUUCGCUGCUGCAUCCCACAAAGUUCAUCAUCGUAGUGGAGCACGAUUUGUCUGUGCUGGAUUACUUGUCGGACUUUAUUUGCUGCCUGUAUGGUGUGCCCGGCUGUUACGGCGUCGUUACUAUGCCCUUCUCGGUGCGCGAAGGCAUCAACAUUUUCCUGGACGGCUUUGUCCCCACCGAGAACAUGCGUUUCCGCACAGAGUCCCUCACGUUCAAGGUGUCAGAAUCGGCUACGGAAGAGGAAAUCAAGCGUAUGAACCACUACGUUUACCCCUCAAUGGUGAAAACGUUGGGCAAGUUCGAGCUGACGGUGGAGAAGGGUCAUUUCAGCGACUCUGAGAUCCUGGUGCUGCUCGGCGAGAACGGUACUGGCAAGACAACGUUCAUUAGGCUGCUGGCCGGUAAUCUGCAACCCGAUGGCGAGGUGGAUCUUCCCAUGCUCAAUAUUUCCUACAAGCCGCAGAAGAUUUCCCCGAAAUUCCAGAAUCACGUUCGUCAUUUGCUGCACGAUAAGAUUCGCGAUGCCUAUGUGCAUCCCCAGUUCAUUGCGGAUGUGAUGAAGCCCAUGAAAAUCGAGGAGAUUAUGGACCAGGAAGUGCAGAACCUCUCCGGUGGUGAAUUGCAGCGUGUGGCAUUGGUUCUCUGUCUGGGCAAGCCGGCAGAUGUCUACCUCAUUGAUGAACCCUCCGCCUACUUGGACUCAGAGCAGCGUCUGGUGGCUGCCAAGGUUAUCAAGCGCUACAUUUUGCAUGCCAAGAAAACCGGAUUUGUGGUGGAGCACGAUUUCAUUAUGGCCACAUACCUCGCGGACCGUGUCAUUGUAAUCGAGGGCCAGCCUUCGGUGAAGACGACUGCUUUCUCCCCUCAAUCGCUGCUGAAUGGCAUGAACCGAUUCCUCGAACUUCUGGGCAUUACGUUCCGUCGCGAUCCCAACAACUUCAGGCCCCGCAUCAACAAGAACGCUUCGGUCAAGGAUACGGAACAAAAGCGAUCUGGCCAGUUCUUCUUCCUGGAGGAUGAGGCUCAGUGAGGAUCGGAUCCACCAGCGCAAUGCCGAAAGCUUCCAUUGGGCAAUUUUCCUUUUGUACCAUUCUCUAUUCUCCUGUGCUCUGUUUGCAUUCUUUAAUCUAAAAAACACAUUUGCUUACAACUUA